AUGCCUCCUAAGAAGAGAGUUGCUGGGCCGGUAGAAGCUACAGUUGAAGCAAGCUCUGUGAAAAAGGCUCAAGAAUCUGCGCAUGAAGGCGAUGGACCUUCGAUAGAACCCGAGAAUCCAAAACGCAAGAGAGCGACAAAAACAAGACAAGCUACGGUUGUAGGACCUGCGCCCAAACGAGAUGAUGAUGUAAAGGGCUUUGCCGCCUUACUCGAGCCAUUCUAUGAUGGGAAGAGUUUGACGGAUCCGAUCAGUACAGCGAAGGAUAAAUGGAAUCUGGUACCGGCUUUCUUGAAAGUUAAAGGUCUUGUCAAACAGCACAUUGACUCCUUCAACUACUUUGUCGAGCACGAAAUCAAGGAUAUUGUUAAGGCAAACAAAAGAGUUACCAGUGAGGUAGACCCUAAAUUCUGGUUGGAGUAUACCGAUAUUCGUGUUGGUGAACCCGAACGAAUGGACUAUGAUGAUCGCAAACCGCAAAACGAAAUUACACCGAACGAAUGUCGCCUUCGUGAUAUGACCUAUGCGGCGCCAAUUAGAGUCGACAUCAAAUACAUGCGAGGGAGAACUAUUGUAGCUAGGAAGAAUAUCGCGAUUGGCAGAAUGCCUAUCAUGUUAAAAAGUUCCAAGUGUCGGCUGAAUGGGAAGAAUGAUCGCCAAAUGGCUCAUAUGAAUGAGUGUGCUUUGGAUCCUGGCGGCUACUUCGUUGUCAAUGGGACAGAAAAGGUCAUCCUUGUUCAGGAACAACUCAGCAAGAACAGAGUCAUUAUCGAAGCAGACCCAAAGAAGGGGAUUGUUUCUGCUUCCGUUACUAGGUCAGAUUGUAUUUCCCGUACAUCCGUGUCAUUGCUAACCCUCAACAGUUCUACGCACGAGCGCAAAUCGAAAAGUUAUGUAAUGCUUAAAAAGGAACGAAUCUCUCUUCAGCACAACAUCCUGCAAGAAGCAUUACCAAUCGUGAUUGUACUAAAGGCCAUGGGAAUACAGUCAGAUCACGAAUUAUUACUUUUGGUCGCUGGAUCUGAUGAGAGAUACCAAGACGAAUUUUCAGUAAAUUUCGAAGAAGCCACUAAGCUCGGUGUCCAUACUCAACAUCAAGCUCUUGAAUAUAUUGGAGCUCGUGUAAAAAUGGGUAGCCGGGCAAGAGCACCAGGAGGAGGGCCCCAGCGUCGCAAUUAUAUUGGUGACGCUCUAGAAGCCCUCGCAAAUAUCAUAAUUACACAUGUUCCGGUCGUUGGGCUAGACUUCCGCCCGAAGGCACUCUAUAUUUGUUUUAUGGUUCGUCGAGUUCUCAUGGCGAUGGUAAAUCCCAAGCUUGUUGAUGAUCGAGAUUAUGUUGGUAACAAACGCUUGGAACUUGCUGGGCAACUUCUAUCUUUGCUUUUUGAGGAUUUAUUCAAGAAGUUCAACACUGAUCUGAAGAUGAAUAUCGAUAAAGUUUUGAAAAAGCCUAAUAGGGGUAUGGAGUUUGAUGCGUACAAUCAUAUGCAAUCUCACGGUAAUUACAUCACCAUUGGUAUGAACCGUGCUAUAUCCACAGGAAAUUGGAGUUUGAAACGGUUCAAGAUGGAACGGGCAGGUGUUACUCACGUCCUGAGUAGACUCAGCUAUAUCAGUGCUCUUGGAAUGAUGACCAGAAUUAGCAGUCAGUUCGAGAAGACCAGGAAAGUCAGUGGACCGAGAGCUUUACAACCUUCGCAAUUUGGCAUGCUUUGCACAUCCGAUACUCCUGAGGGAGAGGCUUGUGGACUGGUCAAGAAUUUAGCACUCAUGACUCAUAUUACUACGUAUGAUGAUGAGGAACCGGUUAAAAAAUUAACUUUCGUUCUUGGUGCAGAAGACAUUGUUUCCAUGAGCGGAAAAGAAAUUUAUGAGAAGGGAGCGUAUGUCAUCUUCGUUAAUGGAACACCUCUUGCCCUUACUCGACAACCCAAAAAGUUUCUCAACUCCUUUCGAAAAUUUCGACGCAUGGGUCGUAUUUCGGAGUAUAUCAGCAUUUUUAUCAACCAUCACAGCACAUCCGUCCACAUUGCUACAGAUGAAGGUCGAAUUUGUAGGCCUCUAAUCAUUGUGGAGAACCAAAAACCAAAGGUCACGAAACGCCAUCUCGAAGAGCUGAGAAAGGGAACGAUGGAUUUCGACGAUUUCUUAUAUAAAGGACUUCUCGAAUAUGUUGACUGUAAUGAGGAGAACGAUUCUAAUAUUGCCAUUAGAGAAAACUAUAUCAACGAAGCGACGACACAUCUUGAGAUUGAACCUUUUACCGUCCUAGGAGCAGUGGCAGGUCUUAUCCCUUAUCCUCAUCACAAUCAAUCCCCCAGAAACACAUAUCAAUGUGCUAUGGGUAAGCAAGCUAUUGGAGCUAUUGCAUAUAAUCAAUUUUCUCGUAUUGACACUUUACUUUAUCUUAUGGUCUAUCCACAACAACCUAUGGUUAAGACUCGCACGAUAGAAUUAAUCAAGUACGAUAAACUUCCAGCUGGUCAAAACGCAACGGUUGCUGUCAUGUCAUUUUCAGGUUACGAUAUUGAGGAUGCUCUCGUUCUCAAUAAAGCCUCCUGUGAUCGUGGAUUUGGACGUUGCCAGGUGUUCCGUAAAUACUCGACACAAUUGAAGAAAUACCCUAAUCGGUCUCAAGAUCGUAUUGCCGAUAGGCAGGUUGGCGAGAAUGGUAAACCUAUUGCAAAACAUAGGAUUCUAGGAGUUGAUGGAAUUGCCAUGGUCGGUGAGAGAAUUAAUGCUGGCGAGACUUAUCUGAAUAAGGAAUCUCCUUCAAAUCCAAAUUCAUCCGGAAUGGGCAAUGACUAUGGUUCAAAUGAUAUGAAACCUGCACCAAUGGGUUACAAACUACACGAUUAUGCUUACAUCGAUAAGGUCAUGCUCUCACAAACAGAGAAUGAAAGCACAGUCCUCAAAGUUCAAACCCGACAAACUAGAAGACCUGAGCUAGGAGAUAAAUUUUCAUCUCGCCAUGGUCAAAAAGGUGUUGUGGGUAUCAUUGUCAAUCAAGAAGAUAUGCCGUUCGCCGAUUCUGGAGUUACUCCUGAUAUUAUUAUGAAUCCUCACGGUUUCCCAUCUCGUAUGACGGUUGGUAAAAUGUUGGAGCUACUUUCAGGAAAAGCCGGUGUUGUUAAUGGCUCUCUUGAAUACGGUACCUGUUUUGGAGGUAGUAAUGUCGAUGUUAUGGGCAAGAUUUUAAUCGACAAAGGAUUUAGUUACUCGGGUAAAGAUUUCGUCACAAGUGGUAUCACUGGAGAAUCUCUACCAGCCUACGUCUUCUUCGGUCCAAUCUACUAUCAAAAGCUCAAGCACAUGGUUCAAGAUAAAAUGCAUUCUAGAUCUCGCGGUCCUCGUGCGAUUCUCACACGUCAACCAACAGAGGGUAGAUCUAGAGAUGGUGGUCUUCGUUUGGGAGAGAUGGAGAGAGAUUGUCUUAUCGCGUAUGGUGCAAGUCAAUUAUUACUCGAGAGACUUAUGCUCAGUAGUGAUGCUCACGAGGUGGAUAUUUGUGAGACGUGUGGUCUGAUGGGAUAUUCGGGUUGGUGUCAAACUUGCAAGAGUUCAAAGGGGGUUUCGACUAUGACGAUGCCGUAUGCGGCUAAAUUGUUGGUGCAGGAAAUGCUCAGUAUGAAUGUUUUGGUAAGAUUGAAGUUGGAGGAUGAAUUUCCUCAUUCGGGUCAUGUUCGUGGAUGA